CACCAACAUUGUGCCUCGUGAUUGACAAGUGCAAAUCAUGUGGAAUUUUAUGUAGGGCUGCAAUUAAAAAUAGCCCCUAAUAAUCCAUUUUGCCGUGUUUCUCUCCUCCAGGUGUAUGCUGAUAGACAGCAAUGCCUAUGUCAUUGUCCACCCGCGCUUCUUCACCAAUCCGGACAGCAUCACCAGCCUCCAUCUCUCGGCGUUCGAGCCGUUCUUGAUGCACAACAUGUACCACCUGCAGCUCGUGAACCGCGUAUACUGCAACAACUUCCAGUACAAUUCUGAGUUCACAGGAGACCAAGAAAGCAGUUCUUCUACGAACUCACCGAAAAAGUGAAGAAUGCCACUGCUCCUUUGGAGGGCGGAGGUAUCUCUCAGUGCGUCUUUUUCUCGAUUGUGCCGGUGGAAGGAACCAACACUUUCUUUGUCGUGGUGGACAACGAACGGAGUUCGGACCCAGAUUGUAAACCGGUCUCGUGUCCCUGUGACCCCGAGCAACCGUGCAGCAGUCUGCCAGGGUUUCUGCAUGUGUCCCUGCGUGGAGGAGAUACCGCCUGAAAACUACAAUUCUUGCCUCGAGAGUUUUACCGGACUCUGUGCUCACGUCUGCCCUCCACUCACUGGACUCCAAGACCACUCUGUCACCACGGUUACCAACCCCAUCGAUGAAGGCGUAAAGGCGUGCUACCCUCAGAACUGUUCUCAAAAGGCCACUCCACUUGACUGUCUAAGCAACGUAGUGUGCGAAGUUGUCACGACUGUUCUCGAAAACGGGACUUCGAAUUUCGCGUGUCAAGAGAUCGGUUUCACGCCUCCCACGACCGGAGAAGGGAGUGAUACGGGAGAGAGCAUCAAGGCCAACAGCGCACUCAUCUGGCCGAUUGUGUCCGGAGUGCUGCUGUUAGCUCUGCUCCUGACGGUGUUCUGUUCCGUGGUCCACUGCGUGAGGGGGAGACGAGUUGCACGGAGAGUUCGUCCCGGUCGCGCCCGCGUCAACACUGCUUCCACAAACAUGACGAGUGUUACUGACUCAAGCGUCGAGAACUCGCUCAGAAGGCAAGAUAGCAGUCAAGAGCAUAGUUGCAGCUCGCAAGAAGCGUUGCCGUCGGUCGCUCAAGACGGGCUCACAAGUAGCACCGGUUGCGGUGGUCACAAAAUGAACAUGGCUCCUUCAAUCGCAACAUGUGGGUCUUACGUCACGGCGGCCGAGAACGGAGGGAUCGUGAAUACGGCAGUGGGGAAGGGGUUAAUCUCGGUGUGCAAGGAGGAAGACAGAGGGAGGCAGGAGGGCGAGGGAAAAUGCUCCGAGGACGACGUUUUCCCGCCACAACAAAAAGACGACAACGACCAGAAGACAACUCUCGGGACAACCGGAGCUCACGACCUGUUCUCGAAGCUCGGAGAAAGCCCCGACCCUUCAAAAGCUGGUGGAAUUUGGUUCUAAACCAGCAACACCUGCUCUUGAGAGCUGCCUGCCUGCCUGCCCAUCCUCCCCCUCACCCCAGCUUCCACCAAAUUUCCCAGUUUUUCACUUUCUCAGCCACCCCCCAUUCAAAAUUUCGUUAUGCAUAAUUUUUUGCUACUUACCACUUUAUUUUUGUAUGCGAAAUGAUAUGUACAGUAUUUUUUGUAAGAACCCUGUGUGGUUGCACAGAGUGCUCGCGAGUGCUCGCGAGUGCUGCGCGUAUAGUACUUUGACCUGUGUUUCCAUAGCAACACGCAAACGGUGGCGGUCGCCUGUGCAGUUAUUCUCCGGCGGUGCUGUGGAAGACUGCAGUUUGAGUUUUGUGAAGAUGUCGGCGCAGGCAGAGAGCGUGAUUCGCAACAUCAUCCGAGAGAUAACGCUCGAGUGCAGCGCGCAGGGCGAGACCAUCUCGGAGACGCUUGCAGCGUUCAUAGUGAAAGCGGCAGUACUGGAUCCAGAGAACGAGUUCAACGUGGAAAGGACACUCACCAAGGACGACGUAAAGAAGCUCAUUGGGACGUGUGUGUCAAGGCUUCUGCAGCGGAAUUCUCCGUCCCUGGACACCGCCAAGAUGCAGGUUCACUUCGACAUGAACUACUGCACCAGAGGUGAGUUUCUUCAGGAGCAUCGCAGGGUACUGGACAGUCGACUGCAGCCAGUUCUGGCUGAAAUUCUCGACGCUAGAGCUCGAAGCCGAGAAGAAUUAGAAACUCUGUAUCGUAAGAUUGUGUCGUAUGUGCUGCUGGAAUCUGGACUGGGAUCACCCACUGAGCUGGCUGUUGUGAGAGAAACAACUGCUGCCCUACAGAGUGUCUUCCCACAGACGGAACUCGGAGUGUUCAUCGCCCUCACCGGUGAAGACAAACAGAAGCAACUUCGCGAACUGAGCAGCAUCGUCAGCGGAAUCCGUCUCUUCAACCGAGACUGUGGAAAGGGCGGAGAAGGAAUCGACGAUUUGCCUUCGAUUCUGAAAGACGCCCUGAAAGUCACGAGUGAGAAUAUAGAGAAAACACUUCAGAAAACACUGGAGGCUGCCUACCAGUUUACAGGUGUGCUCUGCUCGUUAACAGAGUCCCCACACCCUCCUCCUCCUCCCUCCAGUGUCCUCUCCCUCAAGGAAGGACUCAUAAACCUCCGCCAACACGAAACCUUCAUCAGAACACUAAUGGGCGAUAUUCUCAUGAGUGCCGAGCAUCUGGAUCAUUUGGAGGCUGACUUUCAGGGAACUAUGGAAUCCCUGAAGGCCACAGUUCAGUCCAAGACUGCAGUACCCACAGCUCAAGUCUACCCUCUGUUCACGAUACUGUCCCACCACUGGACUGGCUACCAGGACGAGGUGGUCCUCCUGAGCGUCCUGAGCAGCCUCCUCCCCCAACUGGCUCAGUUCAUUCACGCCUCACACAGUCUGGUCCAGGAAGAUGCAAUGACUGCUCUACUGGACCAAGCCCCUUGCCCCUCAGACGAAGAGAGAAUGACGAUGGCGGAGUCUGGCGGGAGAAUCGUCCCCGGAGAACACAGCUCAGCCGAGUUUCUGUUCCCCGACACAACCAGAGACUUCGACAAACUUCCCGUGCAGUUCAAGGGCUACUGUGGCUACACUCUAGCCGUCCACGAUCGGUUCCUGCUGCCAGCCAACCCCCAACUUGGCCUACUCCACCACAGAGGAAAGUACUACGCCUUCUCCACUCCUGAAGCUGCUCUCACCUUCUCAAACACACCAGAAAAGUUCAUCUCGGCGGCCGUGGACUGCAGCAGGAGAUCUCCUGAGCUGAUUCAACUGCUGGACAUGCACACACACUUCAGCAUUGGAUCUGCAAGCUUCCAGGUCACCUGGAGUCAUCCACAAUUCUUUUCUUAAAAAUGGGGGAGGGGCGAUUUUACUCCUUUAAAAAUUCCAAGCCAAGUGCUGCAGUUGGUCUUUUUCUUCGAAAAAUAACAGGGAAAGUUCUAAAAACAUGUAGAUUUCCCCCCAAAAAAGGUUCCAGAAGCUUUUACAAAUUUUUGACUGCCAUAAUAAAAAUAAUAAAAACAUUAUACAGGGUGGAAGGGAAGGUGUCCUCCACAGACCAGUGACAAAGUGUGACACGGGCACACAGACAGACACUCACUUCAUGGAGUCCAACAUCGUGAGGUCGUACGAGUGGAACGAGUGGGAACUGCGCAGGAAGGCCAUCAAACUGGCAAAUUUGCGUCAGAAGGUGACCCAUUCAGUUCAAACUGAACUCAGUCAUUACAAGAGAGAUAACGACACGCAAGUAUACUUGCCAAGGGAAUCGGCCUGUCAAACCAAGAGGGAUGCUGGUACAAGUGUUCCAAGACCAUCGGUGUACCUGGCGGGUCUACGAGGACAAGGAACUAAACCUACUACUGUCGAUCUUACUUUGCCAGUUGACACACACAACACCAUCACCAGCUAGCUUCUUACACUCACCAUACUUACUUACACUUGUAUUGUAUAUGCAAAAAUUAGCAUAACACUUUUUUCCUUCAUAACCAAAUAGCCCAGUCCUACCAUUCCUAUACUAUAUAUCUCCAGAAAAGCAACAGGUGUCCAGUG